AGAUAGGCCUUUGAUCCUUGAUGGCCACCGCCCCAUUAAAAAGCAAUAAAAUUAAUUGGUGUCUUCGCCUUACGGCGAUACAUUACGUAAUGAGUGUGGCCAGAUCGGAUAUCAAGCACUGCUGAGAAAGCAGGAAGUGCAGAAUUAUCCAUGUGUGCGUCGUCGUGUGUACAGUGACGAUGGCGGCUUAUAGUAAGGACGACUAUUUUUUAGGUUCGGAUCUGAGCGAUUUCGAAGACGAAUUGGAUGAGCUUGAGCCCUUAGAAGAUUCUGAAAAUGAAUGUGAAGAUGAUAAUCUUUGCAUUUGUGGAAAUGUUGGUACACAGAAAAUGAUAUUUUGUGAAAAUCCAUCGUGUUUUGUGGGAUGGUACCAUUACGAAUGUGUUGGGCUCACGGAGCAUAACAUACCGACGGGCGCCUGGUUCUGUGGUAAAGGCGGGCGUGAAUGUGCAUCAUCAAUUAGAAAUAACAGUGAAGAAACACCAACAAACAGCACAACCCAGACUAAUCUACCGACUAAGUCAAAGGAACAACCAAAUAACACGACUAAGACAAAAGGGGACAAAAGUGGCAGCCCAAAAAAACAGAAGAAAGGGACAAAACAAAAAGUGUUGAGGCCAAAAUCGAGUUUUACCAAGCAAAUGGCAGUAGACAAAGCGGUAGAAAUAGCGACGGCAGUUCUUCAAGGGAUACCAACCAAACCGAUAUAUAGACAUCAGUAUCCAAAUGCCAUAGAAAUACGACAUAUAUGUGGGUUGCUAUUAGAAAAACAGAACAAUGUAAUUUUAACAAAAUUCUUUAAAGAAAUUGCAGGAAAACUAUGGGACUGCUUAGAUGAGGGCAGGAACAAGCAUUUUUCAACGGAAGAGGACAAUGAAGUAUGGAGAAAAUUCCAGUUGUUGAAGAUGCAUACAAUUGGUGUAUGGCAAGAUUUAUUAAUGCAAAUAACUAUACAAUGUAAUAAAAUUCCAGCAAAUAUUGUGUUGCAAGAAUUCCUAUUGGAAUUUUUGAAGUUGUUAAUGUUAGAAAGUAACAAAGUAAAUGAUAAUGAUGAAAACAUUCCAAGUUCUUUAACAUUGACAAGAGACGAAGAAGAGAUUCUUCGUUACACUGCUGGGUAUGUUCCACAUGCACUUUUAAAGCGGUACUUAAAACUGCCGAACAAUACAAUGGCUGUAGCUUUUGCCACAGAAUUAGCUAUGUGGAAAGUCCAGGAAGACAUAGAAGAGUGUAGUUUUUAUAAAUACACUAAUUCUUGGAUUCAAAGACAAAACCGGGGUGGCUUAUUUAUUGUUAAUGAUAAAAUUUUUUUUCUUUUUAGAGAAAUUGAAGUAGAAUAUCAAAAAAAUAUAUCUGCAAAAACAUUAGCCAAUUUAAAAGGAUUGAACAUUAAUAACAUAUUGAUGGGAAAAUUUAACCAAAAUAGAAAGGUAAACAGAUGUUGGUGUGAAGCUGUGAAUGGCAGAUUGUCAGAUAAAUUAUCAUUUCAAUUACAACAAAAAGUGUUUAUGUAUUGGAUAAAAAUUAGAACAAAGGCUUUUAUUAAAGUCACUUUAGACUUGCAAAAGAAGAAAAAUGCAUCUGUAUCACGAAAAGGACAAAAAGCACUUCGGAAAAAUUUGACAUCAUAGGCUCUCAUAAAAUACUGAAAAUGUUAAAGUAUCUGUCAACACAUUUCCAGAAUUGUAGAAUUUAUAAGCUUUCGUACUGUAAACAAUGAAAACAUUUACAGAGUAAUUCGGCAUAAUGUCAUAAAUAAAUUAUUCCAUCUUGAAAGUUAA